CAUAUCUUGGGUUGGGAGGACUAGCACACGGACCUGCGGGAAGACACACAGCGAGCUGUUCCUAUGGUGCAAGACACAACCUCGCGUCUGCGAUAGCCUCGCACUCCACUCCCGCCUGCGCCACUGUUAAGAGGGAUUACACACCAACCGUAUGUCUGGGACUCGUUCAGUUAUCGAAUUUUCAGAGAAGAUAUGACUGUCUAAUUCUUGAUGAAUCAGAUGAAUGCUUUCUCGCCAUUAUCCGUGAGCAUUGGGUCAUGAUCACAUCGCCCACGGUCUCUGCUCUACGAAAUAGUAAAACAAAUCAAGCUUGGGAAAGCAGUGGUUCUCGGAAUAACAGCGCCGCGAACAUAAAUAAACCGUUUCUACACUCUGUUCCUCCCUCGGACCCAGUACGGCAAGCUAACCGUCUUCCCAUCAAGGUUUUGAAAAUGCUUACGGCUCGGACAGGACACAUUUUGCACCCAGAAUAUCUGCAGCCUUUGCCAUCUACACCGGUUAGUCCAAUUGAGUUGGAUGCCAAGAAAAGUCCUUUGGCUCUCUUGGCACAAACCUGCUCUCAAAUCGGCAAGCCUGAUCCGCCACCCGCUUCUAAGUUGUCCUCUGUAACCUCAAAUGGAUCUAAUGACAAAGAUUCCAAAACCGGUCCAUUAAAACUAAGUGACAUCGGAGUUGAAGACAAAUCCAGUUUUAAACCUUAUUCAAAAUCGUCAGAGAAGAAGGAUUCGUCCUCGGGGGCAUCUAGUGGAGAGAAAACUGGUUUCCGUGUGCCUAGCGCCACCUGCCAACCGUUCACGCCAAGGACAGGCAGCCCCAAUUCCAGCACUUCUGCAUCUCCGUUGCCAUCGGAGGGCAAAUUGGGAGAGCGCGAGGACAAGAAAGAGGCUGAAAGUAAUAAAAACAGUGUCGUGGACGUGUCUGGAACCACUAGCAUCAGUCACAGCAGGAUAAGCGUUAGUUGCGCUGGAAUUAACGUGGACGUCAACCAACAGGAGACCACAACUGGAUCAAAACCUGUAACGUCAGAUUCUACAUCUGUCUCCUCAAGUUCGUCAGCGUCGGUACUCGGGUCAGGGCUUGUGGCCCCCGUUUCCCCUUACAAACCUGGUCAAACGGUGUUUCCUCUUCCGCCCGCUGGCAUGACAUAUCCUGGCACCUUGGCAGGGGCGUAUGCUGGUUAUCCUCAACAUUUCCUGCCACCCGGAGGUAGCCUGGUAAAUGCACAACUUGCGAGUUCACUGGGUUGCAGUAAAGCAGGAUCGAGCCCUUUAGCGGGAGCCUCACCACCAUCGAUAAUGUCUGCCAGUCUGUGCAGAGACCCGUACUGCCUGAGCUAUCAUUGCGCAAGCCACUUGGCUGGAGCGGCCGGUGCUUCUUGUGCGCACGACUCGGCGGCGGCCGCGGCCGCUUCGGCUCUCAAGUCCGGAUAUCCACUAAUGUACCCUACGCACCCGUUACACGGAAUGCACUCCUCGCCGCCAUCUUUUACCGGACACCCUCUGUACCCUUACGGCUUCAUGCUCCCCAACGACCCCUUACCGCACAUAUGCAACUGGGUGUCAGCUAACGGACCUUGCGACAAGCGCUUUUCUUCAUCCGAAGAACUUCUGAACCACCUGCGGACCCACACCGCGUUCUCGGGAACAGAGAAAUUGUUAUCAGGUUACCCCGGCUCUUCGUCCUUAGCCAGCGCUGCAGCCGCGGCGAUGGCAUGCCACAUGCACAUGCCACCGACAGGACCCCCCGGAAGUCCCGGGACUUUGGCGCUUCGGAGCCCACAUCACGCUUUAGGACUAAGCAACCGCUACCAUCCAUAUUCUAAGAGCCCUUUGCCAACCCCUGGUGCCCCAGUGCCCGUGCCUGCAGCCACUGGGGCGUACUACUCCCCGUACGCACUGUACGGCCAAAGACUUACCACAGCCUCGGCGCUUGGAUACCAGUGAAAAGAAACAGCCCGACGGUCACAUAUUUGUAAGAGAUAAAACGAUAAAUAUAGACUUUUGCAUUAACUGUCCGCUUAAGGACUGGAUCCGUGGACUUGCUGUAUUUAUUUAUGUUAGCUUCAAGCGAGGAAAGAAGAUAUAAAAUAAUGGAAAAAAAUUCAAAGUGCAUUACUUUUAAACGGAACUCAAUCGGUGAAGUCAAAACCCACGUUAGGCACUAAUGGAAAUUGAGGGAGUUCCUUUCGUUGUUUAUUUGAAAUUGCUAUGAUUGUAUGGUUCGUUCUUAUUUAAUGUCUGAUUGAAAAGAAAAAAAAUUUACAUGCAUGUUUGUUACUAAAAUCCCAACUUGUCCAUAUAAUUUUAAAUUGCAAUUAUUUUUAAGGUGUAUACCAUGGAAAGAGAAUUGGUAUUUUUUGUAUGUAUUCUGGAAAAUAAGAAACAAUUCUGUUCCAAAACUCCGUGUUCAUAAUUUUGUACGACCGCGCAGAAUAUACAGAGGCAGUAGUGAAAAUGUCCACUGAAUUCAUUUUAGAGAAUUCUAUCUGGCAUAGAUGUUUAAUCCGCUAUAGCUAUACAGAGUGGGGAUCACCAAGGUUUUAAAAAGCAGUGGGUAGUGUACGCGUGUUCAUAUACUUGCACUGAAUGACAUUUAUUCCAGUUUAAGCAACGCAUAAUAUGGAUUGUCUGGUUCAACUUGAAUUGAUUUCUAAGUAAAUCCAACAAUAGCCUAUACGAAAGUUAAACAAUAUUUCUUAACAAAAUACAUUUACAUAUUACAGUUUAAACGAUGGAUUCGUAGUGAUGCAUUUUUGAACUGUACUUGUAUUUCAAGCGCAAUUUAAAGCAAGGAAACGCAAGCUGUUGAGCAAUCUACACGUACUAUUGAUUCUGAACAACUGAUCAUCAUGUGUUUUAUUACCUUUUAUAUAUUUAUGUUUACUAAAUUGAAUUAAUUUUUAAAAAAUUGAAUAUAAAAUAUUAUGGAUUGUGAAAUGCAGUAUGUGGAAAUGCCGUAGGCUAUCUAUUGUUGUUACGACUACAAACAAUUGGCAUUUCGACUACCUUUGAGAACUGGAGCUCACUAAAUUCUCGUUUUGGAUGGGAAAAACAUGAAAAAUGCUGAAUGUGUAUUCAGCGGCGUGUCUACAUGCAUUACAUAUAAAACCCCUCCUGUCUAAAUAAAAAGUAAAGGCUACGUUAUGUUUCACUGGAAAAGAUGUUAGAUAUUGUCAAUCUUCGUUAUUUGUCGUUAUUUUAGGCCAUCGAUAUUAAGGUACUCAAUGCAAAAUGUAUUUACGCGCAGGCACUUGACGUACCGAUCAUUUAAACGAGAAUUAACAGCAAUAAAACUAGUUGUUAGUAGGCCUAUUGUUAAAAAUUCAUCAGAAGGCCAUCGUUUAAUAUUUUACAGAAGCAUAAGAAAUACACUGAUUGUAUAAUAUCUUAGGCUUAGCGCCAGGAAACUGCACAAAUGUUUUUUUUUUUUUUAAAGUUUCAUCAGCACGUUUUUUCUGGAAACAGCUAUCUUUUCUGUUUGCGUUAUUUUUUGUUAAUAUUACACUAAGGAUACUUUAUAUGUGACUGUCAUUACUGUAAUUCUGUUCGAAUAUAUCUAUUUAAAAUUAUUUUUAUUUUACUUGAAGCAAAUCUACAAAAAAAUUGGGUUAUUACCGGUGAAUUAAAAUAACACUUUGAAGAAGGCUUCUCUACGACAAUUUAUAUUAGUGGUGAAGGCUACGACAAAAUAUAGCAAUUGUAGCACCGUUUUAUGCUCUUAUGUGUUGCCUAAAAUCUUCCCUUAUUGUUCCAAGUUAUAACUCGCUCGCAGUAUUGGCAAUUAGGUUUGGUGUGUAAAAUGUAUUGACGCCUUGAGUCAACAGUGAAACAUGCAUGAUCAUUUUAUUCACAGGGAGAAAAAAAGACUGACGGAAGUCUGACAGGAAGGCAAGCUUUGCAAAAAAAAAAAAUAUUUUCCUAAUGGUUGUAAAAUAAGUAGCCCACUUCUCACUCUGAACGCUUUUUAAAAGCCAUGGUGUAUUUUCUCAUCUCCUGAAGAACUAAAGCCUGACAGCACUCUCAUCCAUCUUCAACGCAACGCCACGAAACGGAAUAAUGUUAACGAUGUGCAUACAGAUCCCCUGGAAAAUAUUCCACAUGUCAGAACUGGAUAGUGGCACAAUGGCGCGCGGCCAAUUUGCACUAAAAUAACUGCUUUUCACCAAAUGACGGAUUUGUACUUGGACUAUAUGGUAUAUUCAUCUAUUUUUUAACUCUACCUAAGGACACAUACCAAAAUCUUUUUAUUAUUAUUUUUAUUUAUUUUUUGGUGGUGGUGGUGGGGGGUUACAUUCGAUUAAGGCUUAGAGCAGUGGGAUAAUUUGCGCGUCUGUGUUUAAAUGUCAAAUAGUAAAUGUAGCGUUGAACCAGGUCAGGUUGGCACUAUAUUUAAUGAAUGCAGGCCAAAUGAAAAAUUAAUAAUGGGGUCAAUAUGACAAAAUACGUUUUGUACCUUAAUUAAAAUAUAGAAAAACAUAGAAGAAAGACGCCACACACAGUGAGGGCGUUUAAUAGCUAUGAGAUUCCGUAAUGCGUCUAUAUCUCAUCUGUUUGAUUAGUAAAACUCAGCAGGGGACAAUUUAAACGUUUAUGCUUAUAUUACAGCCUCUACCACGUGAUACUUCCAUGGGUGUUCAGUGCUCACUUCACAGAAGUGUAGCUGAUUAGAGUUGCAAUGGAGAAAUAUUUUGGGUAUCUAAUAAUAAUAAUAAUAAUAACAAUAAAUCUUAUCAGCUUUUUUUUUAAAUUAAAGACUAAUUCCCAUGAGUCAGCUUCAUGCAUUCUGAAUUAAAACUAUCUUUAACACGCAUGUUAGAGAAAAAGAAAUGAAUAGACCUAAGUAGAUGCAUAAAUUUAUGAAUUGUAAAAAAAAAAAAGUAAAAUUAAAAGAAUACAUUUCCAUUGAUCAGUUUUGUAAUUUAACACUUGCAUUUUGUAUUAUUAAGCAUAUUUACACACACCAAAAAAGAAAAUAAAUAAAAUAUGUAGGCCAAGUAAAAAUACAUGUUUAAGCAUUUAUGACCGGUGGACUGAAAACGCGAGGAACGCUAAAUGGCAGUCUUUAUCAAUGGUAGCUUUGUUACCGUGGUAACACUCAACACAUGAAAAACAACGUUCCCGACAGCCUUCAUCGGUCGUGAUAUGUAGCAUAGCUUGCAAAAUAACCUUCGUUUAACCUUAUGAGCAAGGCUUUGUGCGAAUAACGUUACACAAAGUUUUUGCACUUGAAUUACACACCAGCAGAUGAAAACAGCAGCCAAUAAUUCCGUAUUUGUAAUUGUGCCUUGAACCUUUUCUUAAUUGUGUGUAGGCCUAUAGUUUUCUAUUUAAUUACACUCGGUGAGUUUAAAGACAUCAGUUCCUCCAUUCAUUUUGUGAUAAAUCAUGAUAAUAUUGUGAACAAAAACUCAUGAGCAGGCUAUGGUAGUCGUCCUUAUUUUUAUAUUAUUUUCAAAUACAAACUACCGAUUUUUAAAAUAUAUCGCUACUGUGUACAAUGCACCCCACGCAUUUAAUUUUCCAGUUUCAAACUGUUUUGGUAACUUCUUACCACUUCCAAAGUCUUUCACAUACUAACAGUAUCUAUACAUGUCACCCUUCUGGCUUUUAAUUUAUUCUCAAGCAAAAAGCAAAAAUGUUGCUCUUGCUGAAGUCCCUGCGAGUUUAAGAUUGGUGCGAUGACAGUGAAAAAGAGCAGCGUUUCCAAUUUUGCCCGCGUUUUCCCCCGUCAGGGCAGCUGUAUAGACCUUCCCAUUGGAAAGAGCAAUUCAUCAUGAGGCCACGCCCCCUUGGGCUGUCAUAGAAACAGCACAUGGGCACAUGUGCGCAUAAAUUACUCCCCUCUCCCAGACUCCCAGAGUGGAUAGAGAAUACAAAGAGGUACUCACAUAAAUAAAUAUGACGUAUCUAUGACAUAGGCCUACUUAUACUGCAGAUGGUCUAAUCAAAUCAGCAGAACAGGCUGCUAAAGACGAUAACAGAGCGAGAAUACUAGACACGAAAGAACAUUUUAUUAUUACUGUACUUCAGCGUAAAUAACUGAGUGACCAAAAUACAGCAGAUCUACCAAAAUAAAAAUGAAAUGAAGCAUCCAUAAUAUAAAUAAAAAAUAAGUUUCACAUAUUGUUAAUGGCAGUGUCUCCGGGUUCUGUAGGUGAUGACAGCUGAACAGAAUCAUGAUGAAACAAAAGUGAGGUCAAAGUUUGAAAGGUCAAGUGAGGGUCAGUGUGUAAAGGAUUGCAACAUUAAGAGGACUGGCUCAAGGAGAGCUCUUUCAAAAACGCUAAGGUUCCUUUAAUAUUUAAUACGGGAAAUGUUUGUCCAGUCAUGUAUUUCUGUCAAAAUAACAAGAGAAAGAACACUUUUGCCAAGAGUUGCUCAGAUGCUGUGAAGUGCGAUUACUGAAAUUGGUCUGAAACCAAUACCGCCUGUUUAUCCUUCAGCCUGUGACUCCUGACUGGCUAACCACUGGAGAUUCUGCUUACAAAGAACAGCGGUUGUUUUUAUUUCAUUUCCAUGAACAUUUGUAUAGUACUAGCACUUGUACUGUUCUGCAUAAAAUAACCCUAUAUAUAUAUAUAUAGUGAGCUCCAUAAUGUUUGGGACAAGGACAUAUUAAUUUUUUUUAUUUGGCACUGUACUCCCAAAUUUUAGAUUUGUAAUCAAACAAUUAACACAUCGCUAAAGAGCAGAUUCUCAGCUUUUAUUAUAAAUAGUUCCCCCUUUCAGGUGUUUCUGAUUAGUCGGGUGUUUUAUUUGCUCCCAUAGUUCAGGUAUAAGAGAGUUUUCAGCAUCUAAUCUCUAUUUUAGACUUUUGAUUGCCUUUGGAGUCUGUUAUUGGUGUUUGUCAACAUGAGUACCAGAUUUGUGCCAAAGAAAGUCAAGGAAGCCAUUAUGAGGCUGAGAAUUAAUAAUUAAAAAAAAAAAAAACAGUCAGGGACAUACGCCAAACCUUAGGCUCAUCAAAAUCAACUG